AUGGGGUGUAGUGAAGUGGGAGAGGGAGUAGGAGGAAUAGGUUGGAGGGAGAGGGAGGGAGCAGUUGCUGCUGCUGCUGCUGCUGCUGCUGCUGCUGCUGCUGCUGCUGCUGCUGCUGCUGCUGCUGCUGCUGCUGCUGCUGCUGCUGCUGCUGCUGCUGCUGCUGCUGCUGCUGCUUACAGACGCCAACGCAGUGGCUUAGAGCUGUCCAGCGAAACCCUGGUUAAUACACGGAAGGGUUUGCUGGUUUCCACCCGAUGCUGGAAAUCAAUGCAUGCUUUUAAUUUCGUCAUUUUACAUCUUUGUCACGCAUUUCCCUAAUAUUUUAAAUAGACGUGUAGUCUUGUCAACGCUAUAAUAUACCACACAGGAGCGAGUAAAGGAGUAAAUACUCAUACCUUCUCGUGACCUUCUUCUUGUAAAACCGAGUGGUUCGAAAAUAACACCUGGAUUUUUUUUAUCUAUUUUGACCCCUGUGUGAAAAACUCGACGACCUGGAUUUUCGUUACUGCGGAGUGAAACACUUUAGCGAAGACGUCUUCUCAGGAAUUUACCCACCAUGUUCAUUCCUUUUUCAACCUGUGGAUGUUGAAACGCUACCUACCCAACGCCGUAAUGUCUGUCUUCAAGACAAGGAUAGGCCACUUUUGCACCACCCAGGAAGAAGCAAAUGCUUUUUAUUACGCCUUUAUCAGACCUCCUGCUGGAUUAUGUCCCCUUAGCGUGACACGCAUAACCUAAUCCCACUGAUAAAUAGCUGAAAAGUACUCACUUCUUGGGUUCCACAGGUGACGGACAAUUAAAAGUAGCGAUCAUAAUGAUGGUGGCAUAAUAGCAUUACAAGAUAUCAUAAUAGCAGCACAUGUACUGGCUUAAAACCCAGACACACGUGUUUUGACGAGAUUCUGUUGAGAUUCGUUGGGUCCGCCAGCAUUCGUCACGCGCUUUCUGAUAGAUGAUCCAGUUCAGAAAUUGUCAUUUUUUAAUUUUUUUAAAUGAACUUCUUACUUUAUGCAGAUCAGUUUAAACUGGGGUCUAUGCGCGCAGACCGAAAUUUGAUGUAGGAAUAGUUAACUCGACGUCCAUCGGUUACAGCUGAAUGACCGCGUAAUAUUUAUUAACUUGCAACCGGUAAAAUAUAUUAAUGUUGGAAGAUAUCAAACUAACUGAACAUGAACUAGUUAAAAGCACGGACACGCGUUUUUCGCCGAUAUUCGGCAGCGGCAUGACACAGCUGCGAAAGGUUAGGCUCUUCAGUGGGUCCCCCAACUUUCCUCAUGUGCACUUAUAGACCUUAGUAUAAACUAGUUUACUCCAAGUUCGCAGUGAAUUUCUGAGCAAAUUAAAAUCAACCGUAUAAAACGCCUACGUAUUUCAAUUGUGUUUAUGAUCAUCAAAGUGUGGGAACUAUUGAUUUAAAUACAAAUUCCACAAUGCACAUGAAAGCGAAUAAAACAAACGUCGACGCCUGUUUGCGUGAGUCCAUUUAGUUCCUUGCAUCUCUCUAAUAUAAGACUUCAGAUGAUAAUAUUAGAGACCGUGGUUGGGCAUCUGAAUAGCGUUCGCCUGCGACUCGUUUGUAAAAAGGGUGCAAGAGAUCCAUGACCAAAGAUCCCGGGUUCGAAUUUAAGUGAUCCACACUUGGGGUUGGGUAUGACUGGCUCAUGACGGCUAUUAAGCCAGAAAUGGCCAUUCCGGUCUCCCUUGUCUUUGUCGGUAUCAUCUCAUCUAUGUCUACCAAUAGUCGCUGUGUAACUGCCUGCGAGUUUUCUAGUAUGAGCCCCAAGGCACAACGCAACGAGCGUGAUCCGUAACCCGAUCGGCGAGCGCCCACUGUCAUAAUAUAUAUACAUAUAUGAAAGAAGGAAGUCCUGGUUGCACCAACCCGUCGUCAGCCAAAGUGAAAAGUGAGAGGUGGCAUUGUCACACUGCUGGUUGAGGACGCAGACAGAGAGGUAAGCAGACGACCUUGUGAGGGGGAGGUGUGCAUUGUGUUGUGAUGGGUGCGGGAGGUGAGGAUAGGUGUUGGAAUCCCUCCUGCUAACCUCAUCCAUCCCUGAAGACAUGCGUGCGGACAUACGCAACUGUGCGACCGGCCUCCUCCGGAAAAGAAGACACCAGCAACGGUGGUGCUACUCUCAUUAUGGACAAGACUGACUAUGUCAAUAAGGCCAACCAGGCCUUUAAUGACAGAGAGGCCUAUACCCCAAUUGCUGAGGAUCCGACGAAAAAGCAGGCCGCAUCUAUAAAGAAGAAGGUGAACGAGCUCACUCGUAAAAAGUUCAUGAACCCCGCGGACUCCAAAUUUCUGACUCCCAACGACACCCGUAUCACACGUGCUUAUGGCCUCUCAAAGGUGCACAAAGCAGGUGCCCCGUUGAGGAUCAUAGUGCCUCUCAUUGGAUCGCCUACAUAUAACCUUGCCAAGUGGCUGUACAAGCACCUAAAGCAUCUCACGAAUUAA